UUCCCUAUAACCUCGUUUUCAUCUGUCAACAAACAGUUCAAGAAAUGGUUACAUCAACACUUAGGUUAUGAAUCUUUUCCCACGAAGUGCCGUCCCGUUGUUUAUAGUUGUGACACAGUUAUUUAAGACAGGACCACCAACAGCAAGUUUCUUUUCUGUGGGAGAUAUGUCAUCAAAGAUUCAGAUGCCUCAGAAGGAUGAAGCCCUUCCAGGAAGACCAGAGAAGAUGGUAGUAUCACCCAAACAUGCUGUUAAUGGUAACACUAUCAUAGAACCAUUCCCUGAAGGCAUGGAAAUGGCUAUGUUUGGAUUGGGAUGUUUCUGGGGAGCAGAAAGAAUGUUUUGGAAACACAAUGGAGUAUAUUCUACCAUGGUAGGAUACUCUGGUGGAUUUACACCUAACCCUACAUACAAAGAAGUUUGUACAGGUGGAACUGGUCAUACUGAAGUGGUUAGACUUAUGUUUGAUCCCAAGAAAACAUCCUAUGCAGACAUUUUAAAGUUAUUUUGGGAAAAUCACAACCCAACACAUGGAAUGAGACAAGGUAAAGAUGUUGGCACCCAGUACAGAUCAGGAAUCUAUUACUGUGGCGAACAGCAAGGAAUGGAGGCUAAGGAAUCUCGUACUGCCUAUCAAAAACUUUUAACGGAAAAAGGCCACGAUAGAAUAACAACUGAAAUAUUACCUGCUGAAGAGUUUUACUACGCUGAGGACUAUCAUCAGCAAUAUUUACAUAAAAAUCCAAACGGAUAUUGUGGACUAGGGGGCACUGGUGUUUCAUGUCCUAUAGGUCUGUUUGCAAAAAAGUCGAAUGCCAAAGAGGAAUUAUGAUUGAAGUAUUUUUUCCGAAGAAUUUACAUUCAAAACAUAGUUAAAAUAAUGUAUUUCUUGAUUUGAAUAAUAACCCAUGAUUAUCUAAUAUUUUUUUUAUCGUUAUAAACAUAAACUAUGUAACAUUAAAUUUCCAUUACAGAAAACAGCAUAGAAUAUUUUAUUCAAACAAUAGCAAUAUUUUGAAUUGUUUGGUAUAGUGCAGAUUAAAUUAGUACAUUAAAUAGAAGAAGAAAACUGAACAUUUGGAAAGUUUCAGUUUUAAAAAAAUCAAUGGAUUUUGAUGUGCCGACUGCUUAUUUUGCCAUUUUAUGUUCUUUUGUUUUUAUUUCAGGGACUAUUGUGUUUGGAUAUUUUUUAUGUCAAUCAAUCAGUGAACAGAUCUUGUAACUGAUUAGGGGUGAAACAUUAUAGUAUAUAGUCCUGGUGAUUGCAUACUAUCAGUGAUAGUAAAAAUAUGUAUGAAUAUUAAAGAAAGCUAUUUAUAUUCACAUUUUAUGUAUUUUGUUAUUCGCUGUAUAUUCAACAGGCAGUAACUUAUUUGUUAAAUAAAACAAAUCAAAACAGCUGUA